CAGACUUGGUUUCAAAAAUUCUGAUUGGCUCUUACGGUCUCCAAUCAGCUCGCUAGCUGCUGCAUUCCGGAAACCGGAAACACUGUCCACUCAGCCUCGCUUCUUGCAGAUAGAGGGAGUUUUGAUUUACUCUGCAGCCAAAGAAGAGAUGGCAGAAUCAAAUAAUGGCUCCAAUAAUACUACACCACAGUAUCAGAUCAUUUCCAGGACAUUUCAAAUCAAACUUGAGCCGUGGUAAAAAGAGAUGUUUUACAUCUACUAAACAGCUUGUAAAGGCAGGCAGUAAGACCACAGGCCUCAGUUUUUAUUUGCUGUCAAAAAACACAUCCUACACUCCUUUGCCAGCUGAGGAGCUUGAACUCCUACAAGCUGGCAUGGGGAGACAAACCGUGUCUCUUCCAGAAGAUGGUGACCAUGCAGAGAUUUCAAGACUUCUGGAAGAAACCUUUCCAAAAAUGGAAUAUCUUUGUGGAGGAUGGCUCUUGCAUAAGGCAACAGGAAACAUUAGACACAUCUCCUCUACCUCCCGACUCACAGCACUUUUCAAAGAUGCCAAAGAAGUUAUGUUACCAGUGUAAUGAAGUUAUGCCUCUGCAGAUGCUUGCAGUACACAUUAAUACGUGCAAAGGAAAAUUCUCUCCUGAUGAGACUGAUGAUGAGGAAUCUGAGUUAUGCAUUGUGAAAAGCAAAUGCAAGGUUAUUUGUCCAAUAUGCACUAAGGACUUUCCUGAAGAUGAGAUCACAGUCCACGCAAGUCUGUGUGGGGAUAGCUUUCAAUGCAUGGUGCCUGAAGAAAAUGACCAAACUACAUGCACACCAACUCAAACUUCAGUAUGCACAACAGACAGCGUGGAAGAUGUAUUGCGUUGCCUUGAACAACAAGUCGACACCACAACAGAAUUUAAGUUGUGUGUGGACAGAGAAGACCUUCCAGACAGAGGCAUUCUCCAGUGGCAGAGAAAAAAAUCUGCAUCUCCCACCAGUGUUCUUAGGGUGGUUUUCAUUGGAGAGGCAGGCGUGGAUACAGGAGCACUUAGGAAAGAGUUUUUGAGUGACAUGAUUUCAGGUAUUGAAAGCAGAUUCUUUGAAGGACCUGAGAACAAGGGCAAAAACCCCAAGUAUUCUCUGACCGAUCUUGAUAAUGAAAACUUCAGAACUGUUGGUGAAAUAAUUGCAGUCAGCCUCGCCCAAGGAGGCCCAUCUCCUGCCUUUUUCAAAGAAUGGUGCUACAAUUUCCUCUGCUCAGGAGAGGUUGAUUUCAGCUGUCUGUCUAAGGAGGAUGUUGCAGAUGUGGAAUCUUCCCUGCUCAUCAGCAAAGUUGAAGAUGCAGCAGACAUGCAGUCUCUUAUGUUGUGGGCUGAUGAAAUUGUCACAUGUGGAUACACAAACCAGAUAAAGAUGGAUAGUAAGGAAAGCAUGAUACGUGCCAUUGUCUUACACUCUACAACAAGACUGAUUCCAAUGCUACAGCAGCUCAGAAAGGGCAUGGAACUGUAUGGUCUUGUGAACCUGAUGGCUGUAAAUCCUGAAGCUUGCCACAGUUUGUUUGUGCCUGGGAAAAUCCUCAAACCAGACGCUGAUUUCAUUAUGAUGAGCUGCCAACCACAUUUCAGUGAAAAGGGGACAUCUAGGGAGAGAACUGAGAGGAAGAUCAUAAAUUUUUUGCAAGAUUUCUUGCAGGAGAUUGAAGCAUCAGAAAAGACUUCAGAAACAUUUUCAAACAUUACAGAUGGAAACACAGGCGGUGCAGGUGGUGAAAAAUCAGAGUCUCUUGCUGUCCAGCAUGUGCUCCAGUGGAUGACCGGCCAGUCCCAUGUUCCCAUCCUUCCUGAUGAAAAGAGACAUUUCAAAAUAACAUGCAAGUUUGACCACGAAUGUAAGGAGCGGCUGGGAGAUCACUCAAUUUGUUACCCAGUUGUGAGCGCAUGCACUUGUACUGUGACUUUUCCAGUGCAGCAUCUGGACACGUACACAAUGUUUAAAACCAUAAUGAGUGCAGCAGUUAGAUAUGGUGGUGGAUUCCACAGAGUUUAACACAUUGUUGUCUUGUAAUUUGGAAACUAAAUGAGUAAAAAUGUUUCUAAACAUUAGCUGUUAAGAUGUUCGUAGCUGUUUCAUGAAAAUGAUAAGACUUCAAAACUUUGUGUAGGGUCCUACGUUGAUAGAUAUUAAGCAAGUGCUUUGUUUGAUUGUCUACUUGUAAUCUGAAUUGUAAUCUGUAAUCUUUCAGCAAAGAAAUCCAGUAUUUGAGAACAAAAGAGCGUUGACUUUCACGUCCAUCUUAAGUGUCACUGUUGGUUUGACACCAGUAGCAAGAAUUGUAUAUACAGGUCACGACCGUAAGAUUCUGAAUGUUCCAAGGGAUUAAUUGUUCUCUGAAGUCCCUCCAGGGUUUCCUCAUCCAGUGGGCAUUCAAUUUCAGGAACCACAACUGUGCUGUUAGAUUCUUCUUGCAGUACAGCACUCUCCCAGUCAAUGCCUGGAUCCUGAAGCUCCUUCAAAUCCACAAACAUAUAUAAUAGUCAUUAUUCCAGAAUAGGUACUUUUGGGAGUAAUGUUAUUUUGUGUAAGCGUUUUUUCCAAUAAAUACAACAAUUUAAAAAGAA